GGCAGCCCCGGGCGCGCGCCGGAGGCAUGGAGCGCGGCCCCGGCCUGGGGGUCACCCUCUACGCCCUGGUGGUGGUCCUGGGGCUGCGCGCCGCGCCGGCCGGCGGCCAGCACUACCUCCACAUCCGCCCGGCUCCCAGCGACAACCUGCCCCUGGUGGACCUCAUCGAACACCCGGACCCUAUCUUUGACCCCAAGGAGAAGGAUCUGAACGAGACGCUGCUGCGCUCGCUGCUCGGGGGCCACUACGACCCGGGCUUCAUGGCCACCUCGCCCCCCGAGGACCGGCCCGGCGGGGGCGGGGGCGCCGCCGGGGGCGCCGAGGACCUGGCGGAGCUGGACCAGCUGCUGCGGCAGCGGCCGUCGGGGGCCAUGCCGAGCGAGAUCAAAGGGCUGGAGUUCUCCGAGGGCUUGGCCCAAGGCAAGAAGCAGCGCCUGAGCAAGAAGCUGCGGAGGAAGUUACAGAUGUGGCUGUGGUCGCAGACCUUCUGCCCCGUGCUGUACGCGUGGAACGACCUGGGCAGCCGCUUCUGGCCGCGCUACGUGAAGGUGGGCAGCUGCUUCAGCAAGCGCUCGUGCUCCGUCCCCGAGGGCAUGCUUUGCAAGCCGUCCAAGUCCGUGCACCUCACCGUGCUGCGGUGGCGCUGUCAGCGGCGCGGGGGCCAGCGCUGCGGCUGGAUUCCCAUCCAGUACCCCAUCAUUUCCGAGUGCAAGUGCUCGUGCUAGAACUCGGGGGCCCCCUGCCCGCGCCCGGACACUUGACGGAUCCCCACCGACGCCCCCCACACCGCCUCCAACCAGAUCCACCACCCUCUAGCGAGGGUUUUCAAUGAACUUUUUUUUUUUUCUGGCUACGGAGACCUAGCUUUCUGGUUGAUGUAAUGCACUGUUUAACUGUGUAGGAAUGUAUAUGUGUGUGUAUAUACGGUCUCAGUUUUAAUUUACUUAUUAAAAGGUCAGUAUUAUACGUUAAAAGUUACCGGCUUCUACUGUAUUUUUUAAAAAAAUAAGCAAAAGUUAAAAAAAAAGAACAGAGAAAAGAGAGACUUAUUCUGGUUGUUGCUAAUAAUGUUAACCUGCUAUUUAUAUUCCAGUGCCCUUCGCAUGGCGAAGCAGGGGGGAAAGUUAUUUUUUUCUUAAAGUACAAAGAGAGGGGGAACUUUUGUAGAUGGACUUUUUAAAAGCUAUUUUCCAUUCUUCGGAAAGUGUUUUGAUUUUUCCUUGGACCUCGAAGAAGCUAUAGAGUUCAAUGUUAUUUUACAGGUAUUGUAAAUAUAGAGGACAAAUGGAAUGACUAAUCGUUGUAAAUUAAGAGUAUCUGCUAUUUAUUCUUUAUAAUAUCCCGUGUAGUAAAUGAGAACGAAGUGCAGACCAGGAUUAAAGAAAACCACUAAAAUCGA